AUGAUCACGGAUGCACGGGCAGCACGUCGCGUCCUCAUAAGCCCUAGCAGCAGGGAUCUCGGCGGCCGCAGUCUGCAUACAGUCGAGGGGAAGGUUCAUGGAUCCCUGGUGCGUGCAGGGAAGGUUAGAGGACAGAUAGCGAAGGUGGCCAAGCAAGACAAAAAGAAGAAGCCGAGGAGAAGGGCUUAUAAGAGGAUGCAAUACAACCGACAGUUCGUUACUGCAGUGGUUGGUUUCGGGAAGAAGAGAGGGCCCAACUCAUCAGAGAAAUAG